AUGAGAACUUUUGUGAGCAGGGAUGUCAUCUUCCAUGAAGAUAUAUUUUCUUUUCAGGCUCCAACAGGUGUGCAUCCUGUUUCUACACUACCAGAUAUCUUUCAACUACCUAAUAUGCAGUUUAAUUUGGAUGAAGCAAAAGACAUCAAUUCUCUUGAUAGAGAAACCAACACCUUGCCUAUAAAUAUUAAGUCUGUAGUUGAUGCUGAUGAGGACUUAUCUAGGACUUUACAUGAGGAAACUGUGGAACCUUCAAAAGGGAGGAAGGUGGCAAAUUCUUGUUUAUAUCCUAUAUCAACAGUAGUGGGGUAUGAGCACCUCACUAGAAAAUAUAAAUCAUACAUUAACAAGUUCUCAGUUGAUAUUGAACCUACUAGCUAUAGUAAGGCAGCAACUGACCCUAGGUGGAUGGAAGCCAUGAAGGCUGAAAUAGAAGCUUUGGAAGACAAUCACACAAGGAAGGUUGUUCCAUUACCAGAAGGAAAAAAGGUGAUAGGGUGUAAGUGGGUUUACAAAAUUAAAUACAAAGAUACAGGUGAGAUUGAAAGAUUCAAGGCAAGACUCGUGGCCAAGGGAUACAAUCAAAAGGAAGGCUUGGAUUACCAAGAAACCUUCUCCUCUGUUGUAAAAAUGCUCACCGUUAGAGCAGUAUUGUCCAUAGCUGCUGCACAAGGAUAG